AUUGUUGUCGCCAAUCGCGACACAAUGGUGAAGUUGCUGUUAACUAGGAUGCUGGCCCUGGCCGGCAUCUUGGCAUUUCUGUGCACUCUGGUGAACGCAUCGACUUCUUCCUCCCACCUUCAUCACGAUCAAGGUUUAUCGGAGAAACUAUCCGAAGUGGCGAGCCGCGAUGUCGUCUAUCUCUCACUGAAGCAGGUCACGCCACGUCGUCGGGCCCGUCCAGCCAAAGAGACUUUACUGUCCAUCGAGCCGGCCCAGUCGGUAGAGCACCAUCGUUUUUCACUUCACGUCGAUCGUCGUACCAAACGAGUCAUCGUGGAGACGACGGACGCCAAAGGAACGCUGCACUCGUCCUAUCUGUUGGUGGAUGGAUUGGAGCAUCGCUCCGUCAUCGACAACUUGGUGGUGGCCAUCCAUCAGUCGCCAGUCGGUCAGAAAAGUCGCCAUCGACAGCCGGUCGAAGAGCUGCCGACGGAUGAAGGGUUCGCUGCGGCCGAGUCUGUCGACAAGGAAGACGGACAGGACGAUCCUGCCGUCGACGACGACGAUGAUGAGAUCAAGGCCUUCGUCUAUGUCGACUGUCAGCCGGUUGGCAUCAUUUCACUGGCCGGCUCUCUCAGGCACCUGAUCCAGCAGUCGCCAUCCGGAGCUCUUGUCGCGUCUCGGGAUCGGAGGUUCCCCGUCACGGUCGACUCUGACGUGCCAACGGACAAGGUCUUGAAGCGUUACGGAUGCCCUGCCACUGCCGACCAGGAUAUGCAGGCCGUCCAAGCCAACGAGAUUUAUUCUUACUCCAGACGAGAGACGUACGGUCCGGUCCGAAAUUGCGCCAACACGGUGACAGGCCAAAAGUGUCCGAUUUUCAGCCAGCCGACCAUCGUUACCUCAUCCACAUCUUCCUCCUCUAGCGCGGUGAGAGGUGAUAUUCCCGUUGUUUCUCCGGAUUUGGACGACCGAGAUGGGGCUCUUAUUAAAGUCAUCAGCGAACUGAUUGCCGCCAUCAAAGAGCUGAAGGUCGAAGUCCAAGCCAACAGGCAAGAAACGCGCCAUUUGAGGGACGCGCUCGAGAACUGCGAGGCCUGCAAACCAGGCAAACCAAAGAAGGACACUUGUUCGUCCACCCCACCACCUUGCUUCCCGGGCGUCAAUUGCAUGGAGACGGCCGACGGGGUUCGAUGCGGACCGUGCCCGCGCGGCUACAUCGGAAACGGACGAACUUGCCGGCCAGGAACCACCUGCGCUGAUCGACCUUGUUUCCCCGGUGUUCGCUGCGUGGAUACCGAGAACGGCGCCCAGUGCGGGCCGUGCCCGGCAGGAUUCGUUGGUGACGGACAACGCUGUCGACCGGACAACGCUUGCAAAAGCAAUCCCUGCUACGCUGGUGUGACCUGUCAGAAUUUGGAAGACCCUCCCUAUUAUCGGUGUGGACCUUGUCCAGCUGGUACGACCGGAAACGGAACUUUCUGUAGCGACAUCGACGAGUGCGAUUUAGCCAAUCCUUGCGACCCGCGAUCGCGCUGUCACAAUUUGAUUACGGGUUUCCGCUGCGAUUCUUGCCCUCCCGGCUUCACCGGACCGGCCGUCCAGGGCGUUGGUCUGGACUACGCCCGUCUCAACCGGCAGCGUUGCGUCGACAUCAACGAGUGCGCCGACGGGAAGAAUGGCGGAUGCGUCCCUAAUUCGCGCUGCAUCAACACAGAGGGUUCGUUCCAAUGUGGUGAAUGUCUGGAAGGCUUCUUUGGUAACCAGGCGGUGGGCUGUGAGGACACACCCGGGAUGUGCCCGGACGGAACCCGCUGUGAUGCCAACGCCGAUUGUGAACGACCGUCAGGCAACGGUCCGUACCGUUGCAAGUGCAAAAUUGGUUAUGCCGGAAACGGUAAAGUUUGCGGUCCUGAUCGCGAUCUGGACGGUUGGCCCGACUACGACUUAUCCUGCACCGAUGACAAAUGUCGCAAGGAUAACUGCGUCGACACGCCCAACUCUGGACAAGAGGACGCUGAUCGCGAUGGGAUCGGAGAUGCCUGUGACGAUGAUGCCGAUAACGACGGUAUCCCCAAUACUCCCCGCGCCCUGAGUGGUCCGGACAAUUGCCCAUUGGUAGCAAACCCCACUCAAACAGAUUCGGAUCCGGAAGGCUCCGACAAAAAAGGUGACGCUUGCGAUAACUGCCCCACAGUUGCCAAUUUGGACCAGGAAGACACAGACGGUGAUGGAAAAGGCGAUGCCUGCGACGACGAUCUCGACAAUGACCGAAUUCUCAAUUCUCGUGAUAAUUGCCCCAAGACACCCAAUCCGGAUCAACGCGACUCGGAUGGCGACGGCCUGGGCGACGCUUGCGACAACUGUCCCAAUACGCCCAAUCCCAAUCAAUUCGACAGCGACAGCGAUUUGGUCGGCGACGUCUGCGACACAAACAUCGAUCGUGACAAGGACGGUAUCCAGGACUCUUUGGACAACUGCCCAACAAUUCCCAACAGCGACCAGCGUGACGCCGAUAACGACGGCCUGGGUGACGACUGCGAUCCGGAUGCCGAUAACGAUGGCAUCCGCAACGAGAAGGACAACUGCCCGAUCGUCUAUAACCCCGAUCAGGUGGAUACGGACCGCAACGGAGUCGGAGACGCUUGCCAGGACGAUCAGGAUGCGGAUAACGUGCCCGAUUUCUUGGACAAUUGCCCCAACAACUCAAAGAUCUACGCCACCGACUUCCGCACGUACCAGACGGUCGUCCUCGAUCCGGAGGGCGAUUCCCAGAUCGAUCCCAACUGGGUCAUUUACAACAAAGGCGCCGAAAUCGUCCAGACGAUGAACAGCGAUCCGGGUUUGGCCGUCGGCUUCCAUCGCUUCGGCGGUGUCGACUUUGAGGGCACAUUCUUCGUUGACACAGAGAUCGACGACGACUAUGUUGGCUUUAUUUUCAGCUAUCAGGACAACGCUCAUUUUUACACCAUCAUGUGGAAGAAGAACACGCAGACCUACUGGCAGGCAACACCUUUCCGGGCCGUCGCCGAGCCCGGCAUCCAGCUCAAAUUGGUCAAGUCUAAUACAGGACCGGGUCAGAUGAUGAGGAACUCGCUUUGGCACACGGGCGACACCGAAAAUCAGGUGAAAUUGCUGUGGAAAGAUCCCCGCAACGUCGGAUGGAAGGAGAAGGUGGCCUACCGCUGGCUGCUGCUCCAUCGGCCCAAGAUCGACUUGAUCCGUCUGCGUAUCUUCGAAGGAGAGAAUAUGGUGGCCGAUUCGGGCAACGUCUUUGACUCUACCCUCAAGGGCGGUCGAUUGGGUGUCUUCUGCUUCUCGCAGGAGAUGAUCAUCUGGUCCGAUUUGGUUUACCGAUGCAACGACGCCGUGCCUGAAGCCAUCUACAAGGAACUUCCACCCCGACUGCAGAAGGAGGUACAGGUGGACCGCACCCGGGCACCGAGUCUUUCCGCCAACUGAGCCGGGAAAAACCAAUUUUUAAAUUUGCUGCACGAAAAUGGAACAAAAACAAAACAAAAGAAAUAGAAAGAAAAGAUAAUCAAACGACAAAAAAUCAGCAUCUUACUCUUCACAAAUUCCUCCAAGAGAACAAUGAAAUAAAUAAAGCCAUUUGAAGAGGAAAUCAUUAAAAAAUAAAAUAAAAACAAGUCGACGACGUGUGUAGAGAAAAUUCUGAUUCUUGUUUUAUCCGGAUUUUCAUGGUUAAUAUGAAUUUGUUUUGCUUUUUGUUGGUUUUCAAAAUGGGAAUUGACGCAAUCCCAGCCGGCCAUUUUUCAUUUUUCGUUCAAUACUUUUAACACAUAUAAACACAAGAAUAACGAAAUAUGGAAAGAUAAGAAGAAAAAAACACGUACAAAAAAGUACAUGCACAUUUUUAUUGUUUUCUUUGUUUUUGAUCCCACGUUUUGAAUCUUUUUUUUUUCUUAUUGUCUUAAAUGAAUUUCGGAAAUGAGAAUGUUUUAAAAUUUGUAGUGUCAACGACGAUGUGGUGGAGGAGGUCAAAACCAGCUUGUAACCAACACUAUUUUGUCUAAAAGCAGCGUAUUAAUAUCAAUGUAUAUCGCAAUCACUGAAAGCAGAAAACGAAAAAAAGAAAACAAAAGGGAAAUAUUGGUUCCCUGGAUAUCCCUUUCACAAUCAAUGCUUGCUCAUUAUGAAUAUAUAUGCCUUUUUUUCCUCUUUCCUCCCUCAACAACACACCAACCAAACAAACAAAUGAAACCACCCCCGAGCUCUCUCUAUAUCAUCAUUCAUGCGCGCACGCUACAAUUUUGUUACAAGGGUUUCAAAUACGCUGCUGUACCGUCACACUGCCAGAAAACGAUGUAACUACAAAAUGGCUUUUUUUCCGAAAUAUACAACAGUGCCUAAUCCA